AUUUGAAGAUGAGGAUACUUAUUAUUUCAAGAUUUGGCAUCGCUGCAUGGCGGUUUGUAAGCAGACGUUGACAGUUGACGUUUGACUGAGAAUGCAGUCGGAAGCGUAAACUGUCAGCGUGUCGGAAUCAAAAGAAGAAAAACAGGAAUAAUUUUGGCGGUGGAUAACAAAAACAUGGAUUCGCAAAAGCGAGGCAAGAAGAGGUCACUAUGCGACGGCAUUUUCGAAAUAAGCGACGGAGAUAUGUCCCCUGAACAAAGUGAUGCUGAUGAGCCUGAAGCCAAGGUGUCUAGAACGGACAUCAGCAUUAUUGAGAUCAGUGAGGAAUCCAGCCAGCAAAGUGUACAAGAAAAUAGGAAUACUGAUUCUGGGCCCCUUUUUAAAAUAGAUUCGGGCAUUUCAGUAGAAACAAUAGAGAUCGUAGACGAAAGUUUCACAGAGGUGACAAGCCUUUCAGAAGCAGAUACUUGUUUGACGAAUCCGGAUGCUUGCGUAGUUGUAUCAGACUCAACUGUGACAGUCUCAGACAGCCAAAAACCAGUCUCUGACAUAGAAGAGGGAGAGGUAGAGGAGCCCAAAGACAAAUCUAUGGUCGAAGUCAGUUCAGAAAGGAUACCAAGUAUCUCUAUAACGUUCAGUGAUGAAACCAUUGCCGAUUUGUAUAGAUUCAAGUUUUUGAAGUUCCUCCAGUCUUUUGUGGAGCUGGAAACUGAUCUGGAUGAACUAACAAUAACAGCAUGGCGAGAUCCUCAAUUGGACCCAAAAGAAUGGGUUGUUGUAGAUGAAACUUCUAGUAUUCCAAUUUCCACAGAUCCUAGUACGAAUGUACCGAUAUCUGAACUGUCACCAUCAUCUGAUAAAAGCCCCAAAAAAAAGAGAAAGAAAAAAAACAAGAAAGCUGCAUCUGCGGAAGCAUUUAUUUUGGACACAACGCCUGCAGCAGAUGAUCAAAAUUUGCAUGUAACGAAAUAUUGCAGGAAGUUUGAGAUUGAUGUGUGUGAGAAAAAUGAUUCCGCUGAGGAAGACGUUAAAGUUUCUGCUCAAAUUUGUUUCAAUUGUGAUGGACACCAUUCCAUGAGGGACUGCACUGUACCAAAGAACUAUGCUAAAAUCAACCAGAGCAGGCAGCAGUUCAAAGCUCAAAAGCAGACUGUGCGUUAUCACUUGGAAGAAGACCAAAAAUUCUCUCAUCUAAAACCUGGGACAAUCUCCGAUAGUUUGCGAGACGCGUUGGGACUAAGGAAAAACCAAAUUCCACCGUACAUCUAUCAGAUGCGCCUUAUGGGCUACCCGCCUGGUUGGCUAGAAGAAGCAAAGUUUGUAUACUCUGAUCUAGCUAUGUUUGAUGCAGAUGGUAAACACGUUCUGCAAGGCGUCCAGAAGAAAUCGCAAGGUUUGGAUCCACAGAAAAUUGUUGACUAUCCUGGAUUCAAUAUGCCAUUGGAUGAAAAAAAUAAGGAUGUAGGUACACAUGAGAAUGUCUCUUCUGUGAGAAAUAUUGUGUUCUCGUAUUUCAGGAAUACAAAUAUUACGGAGUACCCCCGUACUCUGACAAGUUUAACAAAAAGGUGAUGAUAGAAUAUUUUGAAAAAGAGUUUGUUAAAAAGCAAGACGAUCUUGAAGCAUGUGAUAUGGACUUAGAUAGUACCUUUGUGGAUAGUGAAAAAAAUGAGGAUAGUAUACCAGACAUACUGAAGACUCCUCUAAAAGAUAUAGCAAAGAUCGACAUAGGAAUACCCUCACCCUCAUUAUCAGAUCUAGAGAAGGUAAAAGAAAAACUCUUAGUAGAAUUGCAAGAUAGCAUUUCAAGCCCUGAUAAGACCUCUAGUAAAAUAUGUGACAAAGAUGACGAGAUUAAACAAAAUGAAACUAAAAUUAGCGAAAACGAUGUCGAAACGAAAGAGAUUGUUAAAAGUAAAGAUGACACAAACGAAAAUUGUGAAGAUGAAGAAACAGAUAAAGAAGAAAAAGAUCAGAAUGAAAGUGUUUCAGAAGCAUCUGAAGAUAAAGGAGUCAAAGUGGAUUUGUCAAAUUCAGAAUCUUCAAAUAACGAUGAUUCAAGGCAAAACGUAUCCCCGGUCCCAGGUUGUUCAAAUUUGAUCAAAACAAGUUCUUUUGGCACCCCUAUUUUGAAAAGUACUUCUCCAUACGUCCGACUGCCGAAUCCCGAUAAUUUUAUGGUGGGGGUCAGUCCGGUGAUAAAUUUCGAAAAUCUGCCGGAUUCCACGGGAAAGUACGAGCAGAUGACUGACGUGCUGCAAAAAGUGAGAAAGACGAUGAAAAAUUUACAGAAAAAUAGCAAGACGUGACCACGCAUAGCGAUUCGAAGAGUGUGACUGAAGUACAAAUCGUUUUUGUAUGAAACGUUCUUUUAUUUAGCAAAUAAAUAUUGAUUAUUUUA